AUGUCCCGCCCCCCCGCCGCCCCCGCCGCCCCCCCGUCGGCCCCGGGCACCCCCCGCCCCGCCACCACCACUCCCAUCCACACCAUCGUCCAGAACCUCCCAAACCUCUUCAACAUGUACGAAAAAGGCCAGCUCUCCGAUACCCAGAUCACCCAACUGCGGACCCUGGUCCACACCCAGAUCCGCCAGAUAACAGCCAACUCUAUAAACAGCGGUCGCCCUAAUCCCCUCUACUCUCUCCCCGAUGCCAUCAAUCCAUCAAUACCGUACAAAGAUGUACCGGCUCUAGUCAGCAGAGAAGGAUUCGACGCGAUGAUCAAGACAUCUACGAGAGCGUUGGUGGAAGCGAAGAGGGCGAGAGAACAGCAGAAUGCGGCGGCGGCUACUGCUGCUGCCGCUGCUGCUGCUGUAUCUUCCAAUGGAACACCAGGGGCGCCGGCAGCAGUACCAGCGGCCCCUGUAUCAAGACCGGGAACUCCAGGGCCGGCAGCAACGAGUGCGCCAGUCAGGCCGGCGGGGCAGGCGACACCAGCCGGCUCAUCAGCCACUUCCACACCAGCUCCCACACCACCGAGACCAAGACCAAUGCCCUCUGGGCUUUUUACCCAUGCUGAGCUUACACAGCUGGCACGACUACCUGCCGAUGUGCGGAAUGCCUGGCUAGCCAAAGAACCCACUCGACAAAGUCAAUUCCAAGCGUCUUUAAACUACUGGCGUGCUCAGCCAAAGAGCAACUUUAAUCCUGCCAACCGUGCUACCCCACAGCAAAACCCUACCAACUCCAACGCUGGCCGUCCUCCCCAAAACGCGUCUGCAACCACUCCCAAUGCGUCUGCCACCACCUCCUUCACCGGUGCCCUCCCCGACGCGCGCGGUUUUGCCCUUCGCCCUCCACCAGGACAGCUGAGUGGCCCCGGAGGGAUGAACCGCCCCCAACAGCAGCUCCCGCCGCCAGAGCCCGAACAUGUGCGAAGAUUGAGGCAGAUCCACGCUAUGCUGGCACAGAUCGCGCCGGGACUAUCGGUGGAGGCUGGGUAUGAAAAGGUGGUCGAGGAUAUCAUUGACAGAAUGAUGAAGGAGGGGUUGGAGGGUGCGGCGAGGUUGGCCAAGCACCGGAAUUCCGACAAGGUAGAACUGAGAGAUAUGGCUCGGUAUAUAGAUCACGCGUGGGAGAUGACUAUCCCAGGGUUCGACGCUGCACCAGCACACCCUGUCCAUGUUGCACCAGAUAAGGAAAAGAAAAGGGGCAAGGCGGUGGCGCCGAAGGCGUCGAAAUUGGGAGGUGGCAGGAAGGAAGAGGAAUAG